GUCACAUAUGUAUUUAAUAAACUAAUACUUCCCGCCGUUAGGGGGCGCUGUCAUUUAGUGACUGCGCAGUGACGCUCCAGAGCGCAGUAGUAGUUUGUGUUCUGUUUCAGCAGUAAGAAAUGUAACGUUAGUUUGCUUAUUGCAUUGAAUUCGAUUUUAAACAACAGUUUUAUGAUUCCACGCGAGUUUUAAACUAGAAGCGCUUGUUGUUUUGUGCUGCGCUCGUUACGCGCAGUGGCGGGAAGUGUUGUUCUCUCUCAGGAUGCUUCUGAUGAAGUUUCCCGCGGCGCUGUGUGUCGUGGCGCUGUGGUGUGACUGGGUUCGGUUCGCUCUGGGCUGUUCCGGGCUGCUUCUGUGCCGCUCCUGCGGACACGAGGUGGCGGAGGACACGGACCUGAGGUUCGUUCCCAGCCGCCUGGCGCUGUCGCACCGGAACCACACGGAGAUCGGAGGGAAGCGCGUCUCCGUUCAGCUCUUCGAGAAUCCGCAGGGCUUCCAGUUUGAAGUCGUGACUUUUAAGCGAGCAGAUGUGUUAAAGCACUGGCCGGCGGACUCUCACUUCACCUGGUAUCCGGGUCACGCGUGGACCGUCGCCACCUGCCCGCGGUGCAAAACACACCUAGGUUGGGCGUUUCAGCCCAGCGAUUGGCCCAGGACGGUGACCCGAGAAGAGUUUGAAGGUUCGGACCAGACAUUUGUGGCGCUCAUAAUUGACAGACUUCUGCAGGAACACUUUGCAUCCACACUGCUGAUGACACCAAAAUCUUUUAGAAGUUGACGAUUGGCCAAACCACACUUCAUGCCAUUUAAUAAAGCUAUUUUUAUGGGGAUAUUUAACAUGACUGAAAUGCCUGGCUUUGUUCUUGACCCAAGGGUAAAAUAUAGCUUCCCAUUGACUUUAAAACAAACCAUUUUAACAUUUAUUGCAUCUUCUUUGCAACUGGAU